ACUCAGCGCGUCAGUGAUUGGCGCAGCAACUUUGGAUCGACUGCAGCCACGCUGGUGGUCGAUUUCUUCAAUCUAAACAGAGAUACUCCGCCACAGGAGCUUGGGCAACUCUUCCUCCAUCAAUACGCAUUUCUGUACCCCGAUCCUGAGAACAUCGACAAGUCUGAAACCUUCCGCUCUGCCUUUGUGCAAGAACUUCUCGCCUCUGCCCAUCUUUCCCGGAUCGCUGGGCAUGCUAAUGUACCUGCUCUUGAUACUGAUACUCUAGCGGAAAGUGGCAUCAUUGGAGCCCUCGGUUUGUGUGCCGUCUCGCUCGAACGUGCCUUCACUCUUAUUGCCGAGAACACUGUCGCCAUUGAUGUCCCUGACGCGCCCGCUGUAGGGCGAAAGGCUCGUUUGAAGACACCCAAGACACUGAACAGAGCAACCGGAAAGGAAUCGGGCACUGAGCAUGCGUUUUCGGUUGCCAAGUGGGGCGCAAAAAACUGCCGCAUUCAUCAAAGGGGCACAGAAGAAGGACACAGAGGCAACAAAGCUGACGAUGUCAAUGGCCUACAAAUUCGUGAAGAAACCUGGCUUCGACAAGCACAACAGCGCUGA